AUGAGUGUGGAACAGGAGCCUAGCUCGUGGUCGACACAGAUGGAAAACAUGUUCUCGCUCAAUAUACAGGACCAGAAUGCCGACGUGAAGUAUCAGUCGCCAUUGACACCGAACUACAUGUCUCUGGAUAUAUACCAGGGCCAUAAGGCGGACAUUGCGAGCAAUCGUGGUGAUGCCAACAAUGACAACGGCGAUGACAACGAGAUUGCUUCUGCGCGUGGGGAAAGCAAUGGCAGAGACACAGACAAUGGGAUUAACACAAACACCACGACCACGACCAACUCGAGUACGGUUGAGACCAACAUGACGACGACACCUGCGACGCUGGACGACUUCUUGAUGAACUUUGACUCUGGUGCGACCACAGCGACUGGCAAGGACAAGAACCCGCUGGUGUCGGAUAAACCGUUGGGCACUCACCUACAGAUGAAUUUUGUCGAUAGCUCUUCUAAUGGUGCGUUGCCUUUCAGCGACCAAAAGGGCAGAAGGGCAACUAUAUACAACGGCUUCUUCGAGUCCAUGCACUUGGACACCAUGCUGGAUGACUACUUAUCCACAGAGCUGUUACUAAAUGAAAAACCUAACGGUAGCAAUAACAACAACGAUGACGACGAAACUGUUGCCAAUGAGAGAAGACACAGUGAAGUAGUUACCGGGAAUACCAUUAACUUGGCCUCUGCUAGAAAUUCUAUUUCACACGGUGUCGACUUCUGGAACGUCGACUCCCAUAGGAAAAGAGGUUCCAAUAAUGGCUUACAUCGGGAUGGUCAUGUAAAUAAAAGUAUUACCAGAAGAGCCACAGGCGGGACCGAAAAACAUUUGACUGACGAUAGCUUACUUCUUGACAGUGACAUCUCUUCUCACAAAAUAGACAACGAACUGUCACAGAUCUUAAGCGACUACAAUAUGAACUUCAAGCCAGGGACAGAGGAGUCUCCACUGAAAUACAACACAGCAGACUACUACAAUUUUGAUGGAAACUCAGAAGAUGUGUCGCACUCAAGUGCUGGCCAAAGCCACAGACCUUUCAUGAAAAAUCCACACAGAGCAUCCCUACCGAUUCUGUCAGAGGCUACUCCACCAGAAUAUGAUUUAGACAUUAAGAAAAAACAACCUGAUGUAUCAAUAUUUAAAGAUAUUCCGUGGGAAUCAUUCAAUGCGGAAGGUGCUGAUGAGAACGAUUUGUCUGUAGCAAACCAAAACUUCUACAACCCUGAAAUAAUCUCAAGCCCCAAGUCACCAAACGAUAAGUUCAUCAAACCUACCAUGAUAUUAUCAGAUGCAAGUCUAGCUGAAGUUGAAAUGAUGAAUAACAGCAUAAAGAGUUUAAAUACUAGCCUGGAUAUAUCGAUUCCUCCUGAUGUACUUAACAAGGACCUGAAGGAAUCCUGGCAAAAUAGCCAAUCAAGAAAAAGUAUUAGUGGAAGCUCAGGCAGACGUAGAUCUUCUGCGGCACUAUCGAUGUCCAAUUUUAACAAUAACUUACAUUUCAAUAUCAAUGCUUCCAAAUCCAAUCCAAGAAGAAAAAGCAAGCCAAGUAUAAGCCCUAACUCGUCAUUACUAUCAAGCAAUAUCGACAGAAACAAUGAUAUCGAUAAACCAUUUGGAUGUCACCUUUGCUCAAAGGCUUUCAAGAGAAGUGAACACUUGAAAAGACACGUUCGGUCCGUUCAUUCUACUGACCGUCCAUUCAGUUGUCAUCUAUGUGAGAAGAAAUUUAGUAGAAGUGAUAACCUUUCACAACACAUUAAAACACAUAAAAAGUCGGGAAGUACUUCCACAACUAAAGAAUAA